UCUCUCUCAUCAAACAAUAUAAUAAUUAAUUAGAGCUUUGGACAUGGACUCGUAUAUGUAUAUAAAGCCAUAUAGGACCUUAUAACUUUCACACAAGAAGGGGAAAAAAGAAAAAAAAGAGGAGGGAUGAGCUCCAUGGAGAAGAGGUAAUAAUUAAGAGAGAAAGAGUGAGAAAAGAAGAAGAAGAAGAAGAAGAAGAAGAAGAAGAAGAAGAAGAAGAAAAAUCAAAGUCCCACCAAUGUCAAGUACAACUAAACAAGCAUUGAGGUUCGCAGAGAACUUGACCCUCCCUUCGGUGCAGGUGGUAGUGGUGAGUGCCAACAUGGGCUGCAGCCACUGCCGCGGGCGGGUCACGCAAGUCGUCUCCAGGAUGAACGGAUUGCAGGAUUACAUUGUGGACUUUGGCAAGAAGGAGGUGACAGUGAGAGGGGCAGUGGAGGUGGACGGAAAGAAGAAGAAGAAGAAGAAGAAGAAGAAGAAGACGACGACGACGACGAAUAAGGGAGUUGCAAAGAGACCCCACAAAAUCAUUGAGAACAAAUUUCCUCUGCAUAUAGGCUUCUUUAGAUUCAUGUGUUGCUCUGCCUUUUAGUUCACUAUUAUUAUUGUUAUGACCCAUUAGUAGUUACACUCACCGUAUUCUAGAUACAAAUUCCCCUUUCUCUCUAACAAGCGCGCGCGCACGCGCACACACACACAUGAAAAGUAAAAUAGAGGGAAGAACCUGGAGUUUAGAGAGUAUGAUGCUUGUGCCAAAGUGAUGUAAUAUAUACAUGUAAAGUACGGGAAAAAAAAGUGAUUGAUGUAAAUGGAGUCAAACCUUGGUUAAGCCCA